UUCUGCCUCGUGCCUGCUUGCUUGCCUUUCCAACUCUUAUCGCUGCCUGCCUGCUGCUCUUUCGAACUAUCUGGCAGUGGAGGUUCUUUGGGAGAUUAAUGUUUAGAUGUUCAAUAUAGUGAAAGUAUGACUGGUUCCCAUGAUUUAUAUGUCUAUUAGCAAAAUGAGAUACAUCUUGAUAACAUUGUCAGAAGUAACAUUGGUACACGUUUGAGGAUUUAACAUAUUGAAACAAUUUGCAGUAAUUAAUCAAAAUAGAUAGUAAAACAAUUACUGUACUUUUUUUAAAAAAGUCCUUUACAUAUACAUAUACAAUUCAGGGCAUAUACAAAAGUAAACAUACUUUUGGUAUGUUUUCCAUCACAGCAUAGUUGGUAUCAUAUCACACAUUUUGGGCAAUUAUCAGGCUUAGCAAUAUGGCUAAGGCCAAGCCUUAGAUCACCCACCCUUGGAUAUGUCUCCUUGUUCUUCCCUUUUCUCACUCCUUUUCUUCCCUGUGUAUCUUGCUUCAGAGAUGCCGAUGGAAGGUGAGCCAAGUGGCCUUAUCCGAAUCACCCAGCUUUUUCUCCUCUCUACAGCCUGGGGAAUGCAGAUAUGGGUAACCUUCAUCGCAGGUUUUGUUCUUUUCCGAACUGUGAGCCGGCACACCUUUGGUCUGGUACAGGGCAAAUUGUUUCCCUUCUAUUUCUACACCUUACUUGGCUGCACGUUCCUUAAUCUUGCCAUAUUUGCUGCAUACCAUCCACGGGAACUUCUCAGCACCAGAGAAACUGUUCAGAUCACACUUUUUUUUAUUUGCCUCAUUUUGGUUGCCAUUAAUGCCUCCUGGUUCUCGCAAGUCACCACCAAGACCAUGCUUAAGAUGCAAGAGAUUGAAAAGGAGCAUGGGCUCGGACAGGAAGUGGGAAAUUCAGGUCAGCGAGAGGCUUACCAACUUCUGAAGGAAAAAGACAGCAAAUAUCGGCACCUGCGCCAGAAGUUCUUUAAGUUUCAUGGCUUGUCUUCUCUCUGCAAUCUGGCUUGUGUUAUCUGCACCGGGGUGAACUUGGCAUUCAUUGCCUUGCAAUUGGAGAGCCUGUAGACUCUCCACUGCUCUAGCUGGUUCCAAUGCUUUCUCCUAAAAUGCUGAUUUUGCUCCGAGGAAGAGCUUGGAAAUGACCAGAAAUCAAUCCUUUGGAGUGUGUACCAUUCCUCUAGAAACAACCAGAUACAGAAUGCCCUCUUGAAGUAUAAAUUAGAUUGUCCGAUAACUGUGAAGGGAUAUUUAAAUUAGAGCAAAUUAUUUGCAUAAAUUGUCAUUUCUGUUUUAAAAUCUUGAUGCAAUAUUAAUUGGGUUGUGCCAAGUUAGAUUUUUAUAACAAUGUUUUAUGAUUUGUCACUGUCAGUAGUCUGCCUAUUGUUUAACAAAAGUCUAAUACCAUUUAAUACCAAUUGUAUACCCAGGGAACAAAACCUUAAUAGGAUUCACUUUUAGCAGUAAGGUACAGGAUUCUGCUAUCUUGAAAGAAAAUUUAAAUAUAGAAUACCUUCUUAUAUGCAAAUUCUUAUCUUUUGGAAUUCUGCUUUUGGAAUAAAGAAUGUUUACUAUUAAAAAUGAACCUACUUUGGUAGAUCAAUA